UUCUAUUAUCAAAUCGCUCGAAUUUUUAUUUUAGUUAAUAGUUAUCCUUCGGGCUUCGAAUUUCGAUUCCUUCGCGUAAUCGCGUCUGUAAUUGAUUUAUAAUAAAUAAUAUUAAUAUAGAUCCUGAUACAUUUAAAGAACGAUGGGUGGCCAUCACGAACAUGAAAUCAAAAUACCGGAUUACAGAAUAUAUAAAGUUGAUAACGUACCGGAACUUGUGAAGGUGAAGAAUAUUUUAGCCACCGAAGGACUUAAAGAUCCGUGGUUGAGGAAUGAAGUUUGGAGAUAUCCUCCAAAUCAUGGUAGUCGUUAUGCACAAUAUUUCAAAUGUUGGUUCCGCGGUAAACGUGGGCUUACAAUUGCCUUUGGAUUAGCAGCUUCUAUUAUUGCUGUGGAAAAAACCUAUGAACAUUUUUAUCCACCAGUUCAUCAUCACAGAAAGCCUUACUUUCCAUCAUCCAGUGUUUAAUUUAAGAUUAUAGUACCAAAAUCAAUGGACUUCAAUGACGUGUCCAGAGAAAUAAUAAUUAAACUUUAUAAAAAUUCAGUACGAUAAAUUUUAGUUUUAGUUUAAUUUGUUUGUAUUACAAAAAAAUCAUUUAUAAAAAUAUAUUAUAUGAAAUACAAGGAUCAAUUUAAC